AUGUUUGCGCUCCGCCGCCUCCCGCUCGCCGCCCCCUCUCUCUCUGCUCCGCCCGUCCGCCUCUUCGCUUCCAAGCGCAAGUCCACUAAGCGCAUCACAUGGCGCCAACGCGCGAAACUCGACGAGCGGCGGCGCCACCCGACGCCGCCACGUCAGCCGCCGCGGGCCAAAGUCCAUCGGACAAAUUUUCUCGUGUCGCCGCCAAAAGCCGACGGGAAAACGUGGCGCGUCUUGAGCGCCGCUAUCGUCGAGCGACUGGCUGUGAUCCAACCGGACGUGCCGCAGUGGGAGAUGGACUUUGCGGUCCUGCAGCACGAAAAGGCGCUGCGGGAGGCGCAGCGACUGGACGACGACUUUUGGUUCACCGAGCCGGGAACGCGUCACGUGCGGCCCGAAGAGGUCCCGUGGCCGAACGAAGAAGCGGACGACGUGGACGAGGAAGUGGUGGGCGCGGGUUUCCACUUGGCGCCCCGGGAGACGGCCGACGACGCGGCGAACAACCGCAAGUCGCUGAAUCGCGCGCUCAAGGGCCGAGUGUUUCUGCUGGUGAAGCAGAAGGAGACAGAGAAGAAGAUUGACGACGACGACGACAGUGUGGCGGUCAGGUUUUCGUGGUUUUUCCCGGUCGGACGGAAGCUCGAGGGCGAGAAGAUGCGGGACGCGGCGCAUCGAUAUGUGCACGAGGCAGUGGGCGACGAGAUGAAGACAGUGCCGAUGGGGUUUGCUCCGAUAGGGUACGUAAAGUACCUCCAUGGGGAUGGCGAGACGAGAGAGGCAAAGGAGAGCAGGGACAGGGAGGAGGUGGACGGUACGAAGGUGUUUUUCUACAAGUCGCAGCACUUGGCUGGCCAUGUCGCGCUGAACGAGGACAAGGCGAGCGACUACGUGUGGGUCACGCGAGACGAGUUGGCCGAGUACUUGGACCCGGAGAUUGCCGACUACGUGUACAAGAUAGUGCCGCCGUAA